CACACGCACACUCUCUCUGUAUAAGCAAUUGCAAAACAAGAAGAGGAAGAAAAUGAAGAUAAUGUGAAAUGUAACGCAUACCGUACGAAGGAAAAAUCGAGUCCCCGUGCCGUGCUGCUAAUUUUCUCCAGGUGUUUGCCCGUUUUCCCCGCAACGCACAGCUCACGCACGCUUCGGGCACGAGUUUCCAGCCAGCGAGUGUGCCCGUGUGGUGUCUGUGUUCCAGCUUCCCAAAUGGUACGGAUGGUCGCAGGAACAACCCAACCCGUCACCCUGCUCCGCAUCGUUGGUCGACGACCGUGGCCGUGCCUCUCGCUUCAGUUCUAGAUGGAGUGUUCGCCGCCGUCUUUGUGGAGCGCAAGGUGGUUUUCAGUUCGAAAGUGUCAUUAAACCAAACACGUGUGACGGCACGAUUGUCUGCACUCAACCAACACCCGGUGCAAAACGCCAGUACCAGUGCAAUGUGAACGUGCUCGAUGCGUAAGGAUAAAAUCCUGCACAAAUCCUUAAAUGGCGCUACGGCGAUAGAAAUUAAGCGUUGGCUUUAAAGUGCAUUUUCCCUCUACGUGUGUGUGUGCGUGUGUGUUGUUCUGCAUUGGUGCAUUUAUGUUGUGUUACUUUUAUUUACUAUUUAUUUCUCUUACCCACCCAUCCCCCCGUUCCCGUUACCAAUUGCGGCCACUACUGCGAUCCUGCUUCAGUUCGCCUAGAUGUGGUCUUUUGCUUGAUUGUGGUUUAACCGUUAAAGUGUCCGUUUGGUCCGCCAUUUACGUGUGAAUCGUGUGUACGCGAGUUCGCGACCGUUGCUUUCCUCGUGGUGGGUGUAUUUUAAGUGUUCGCUUCCGUUUUGCAUUUCGAUGGGAGAAAUCAGUUCCCCGCGUGGUGUACAUGUCCGCUGUCGGUUGGUGUGAGCGAGCGUCGUCACUCGGUGGAGUUUAUUGUGGAGUGCGUGUUGCGAAUUAAAUUAUAGAGUAAAGUAUUGAAAGUGUAUUAAAAAGGCGCACAAAAAGCUGGCCGGUAAGGAGUGUACCAGUGGAGUAAUAAAGUUGUGAAGCUGCUUUUGGUAUAAUAGUGUCGCGGGUGAAGGGAAAUAAGAGGAGUGUGCCGGAGUGCAAGAAAUAAAACCAAAGGGCGUUUGCUUGCAACAUUUCGUCCCUUUUUUAUUGAAAGGAGUGUGUAGCAUAAUACAUAUCCCGCUUGAAAAUCGUCCAUCGACGAGAGCAUCAUCUGCGGCAAAACAUGUCCAGCGAAGAGGAUAAACCCCCGGCACCGCCCGUCCGGUUGACGAGCAAUCGGGGUGGCGCUGGCGGCGGUGGUGGUGUCAUUGGUGGCGGUGGAGGCAGCUCUGGAGUGAUCGAUCGAAUCGAUGGUGUCGCUCCGGUGGAUAUGAAGCCGUUACCAAAAGAACCAGAAGAUGCCGACCGGAAGAAGAAAACGCUCAAAAACAAGAUCAAGGUAUCGAAGGCGUCCCACAACGACUCGAAGCCGAAUAUAUCCUAUCCGACCAACUUCGAGCAUACGGUGCACGUGGGUUUCGAUGCCGUGACCGGAGAAUUUACGGGUAUGCCAGAGCAAUGGGCGCUGAUGCUGAAGAACUCGAACAUUAGCAAGCAGGAGCAGAAGAAAAACCCGCAAGCCGUGCUGGACGUGCUGAACUUCUUCGACAACAGCAACAAGCAACGGCCGAGCUCGAAAUAUAUGACCCAUGGGCUGCACACGACAACGCACUCGGCAUCGUCCAUAGGGUCGUCGCUGAGCCGGGUCAGCAGCAGCAGCCCGAGCAGCACGCCAACCGACUCGGAAUCGCACGGCGGCCCCGGGGCGCAGAUCAUCUCGAGCAGCCAUUCGCAAGCGUACAGCCUGGGCCUGUCGUCGCACAACUCGGCCGGCGAUCAUGACAGCGACGAUCUGGGCAUACUCAGCGGCAGCGCCAGCGGUAGCAUCAGCGGUAACGGCAUCCCACCGCCCAUCGCUAGCCGCCCGGAACGGACCAAAUCAAUCUAUACACGCCCGAUCGAUGAUCCGAUCUCACCGCCAAUACCUCCACACUUGAGUGCCGGUGCGACACACCACCAACACCACCACCACCAUCAGUCGGUGGGCAGUCACGGGUCCGUGCGCAGCCCGACGCAAUUCGACAAGAACAAGAACUCGGUGAACGCCGCGUCCGCACAAACGAUCAGCAGCCUGGCGGCGGCAGCGGGCGGUGCCGUGAUCGCGCCUGGCCAACCGCUGCCCCAGCAUUUGCACCAUCACCAUCAACACCAAGCUGCCAACAAUGGCCUCAGCAGUGGUGACAGCACCGGCACCUCGGUGGUGCUGCCAGCGUCCGCCGCCGCUGCAGCGGCAGCCACCACCCCGAACAACGUCAACAACGGCGGUACCGGCAACCUCAACACGGCGGCAGCAGCGGCGACGACCGGCCCGACGACGACACAGCAGCGCGCCGCCAACCUGAAGAAGAAGAAAAUGUCGGACGAGGAGAUACUGGAGAAGCUGCGCACGAUCGUGAGCGUCGGCGACCCGAAGCGAAAGUACAACAAGAUGGAGAAGAUCGGGCAGGGCGCGUCCGGCACGGUCUACACCGCGAUCGAAAGCUCCACCGGCAUGGAGGUGGCGAUCAAGCAGAUGAACCUCAGCCAGCAGCCGAAGAAGGAGCUGAUCAUCAACGAGAUACUGGUGAUGCGGGAGAACAAGCACCCGAACGUGGUCAACUAUCUGGACAGCUACCUCGUGUCGGAGGAGCUGUGGGUCGUGAUGGAGUAUCUGCCGGGCGGGUCGCUCACGGACGUGGUGACGGAGACGUGCAUGGACGAGGGCCAGAUAGCGGCCGUCUGCCGGGAGGUGCUGCAGGCGCUCGAGUUCCUGCACAGCAACCAGGUGAUCCAUCGGGACAUCAAGAGCGACAACAUACUGCUCGGGCUGGACGGUAGCGUGAAGCUGACCGAUUUCGGCUUCUGCGCCCAGAUCUCGCCGGAACAGUCGAAGCGCACUACGAUGGUCGGCACACCGUACUGGAUGGCACCGGAGGUGGUUACGCGAAAGCAGUAUGGACCGAAGGUCGAUCUCUGGUCACUCGGCAUCAUGGCGAUCGAAAUGAUCGAGGGUGAGCCGCCGUACCUUAACGAGAAUCCGCUCCGUGCGCUCUACCUGAUCGCGACGCACGGCAAGCCGGAGAUCAAGGAGAAGGAGAAGCUUAGCACCGUCUUUCAGGACUUCCUUGACCAGUGUCUCGAGGUGGACGUGGAUCAGCGCGCGACCGCGUACGAGCUACUAAGGCAUCCCUUCCUGAAGCUGGCCCGACCACUCGCCAGCCUAACGCCACUCAUUAUGGCCGCUAAGGAAGCGACCAAGGGCCACUGAAAGCGGGAGGACGUCGUGCUACCAUCGGGCACCGCUGGAACCGACGAUACUGAUGGGCCGCCCGGCGGCACCGCGGCUGACGGCGGGGGUAUUAGUAGUAGUAGCAGUAGUAGUGGUGGUGCGAUCGCUUCUGCCAGUAUUCCUUCGCCGCUUCCUGCUGCCCGCAGCGGGGCAAAGGACUGUUGUGCCGCCGGUGGCAGCAGCAGCGAGACAACACGUGAUAAACCCAGUAUGGCCAACGUACUGUUGCCGUCCAUCGAUAACAGCAGCUGCUGCUAGAGCGUUUGUGCGCGUUGUAUGGAUAAGAUCUUUCCGGGAGUGCACGUGAAGGGUUAAAGGAAGGGAAUACGCAGAUCAGGCCGUGGAAGAUUCAGACAAAGAGAGAGAGAGAGAGAAAGAGAGAGAGAGAGAGAGAGAGAGAGAGAAGAAGAGAGUGAAAGAGAGACACACACGAUGGUUUGUACAUAGUAAAAAAAUGAAUUCAGACGGCAGCAAAGGAUGCGCGACGCGACGGGAAACUGCGAGACAAACAAUACAACAACAACAACACUAUUUCGUAAGCGCAAACGAGGAAACGCAAAAGGUGAACAAAGUAAACCUGGCGUAGUCAAACAAAAAAAACAAGAAAAGCAAAUACUUUUAGUGUUUGAGCAUUAAGCAUUAACAAACAAACAAGAAAAAAAGAAGACUAAUAUUUAAUACAUAGACAAUUUAAGAGUUAAAGAGCAAGAAAGCAGCAGCAACAACAUUGUCGGUGGAUCGAAAUGGCAGAAAAAAAGCCAAACGAAACGGAGAGAUAGAUGGGUAGGAUUGCGAAACACAAUAAGGACAGGAAACAAGCAAUGUGGAUCGUAAAUGAGAACAAACAAUAAGGAAAUAACAAACACACUACACCAUUGCAAACAACGUGAGCCUGCUCCCAUUGCGGAAGCUCAUAGUGAUAGCAUUGAUAACCUACAACGUGUGCGGUGUGUGUGUGUACUGCACAUUCGGCGACGGUGUAGAGUGCCAGUGUAAGAAAACAGUACAGGCAACAAAGAAAACAAACCCCUCCCUUACAGCAUUAAUGUUGGUAGCACGCAAAAGCAGGUGAAAAUAGAUUACUCCAACAUAUACACACACGCAUACACGCACACAAGUACACACCUAAAACAUAUAAGCUUAAACUUGUUGAGGUGGUCAAGAGAAACUAAUUUUGAAGAAAGAAAAAAAACCAAUCGACUCUCCAUUGUAUAGUGUAUAUAAAUAGUACAAAAAACAGGCAAGCAAGAUAAAAACAAAUAAACAAAUAAAGAAACAAAAUCUAAACAAUGCGCAAAAAAGAAAUGUGGAACACAUGUAUUUGCUACACACAAAACAACGUGAAUGGCUUAAUAUAGAAGAAGAGAAAUUAAAUGCAUAAUUAAAGUGAAUGAAUCGAAUGCAAUGAGAAACUAUAACAGUAAAGUAGUACUACAAAAACAAGCAAACGCAAGAAACUAUACCACGUUAAAGAUUAAAAAAAACCCUAAAGACCUAAAGACGUUUAAAAAACACACACACAAACACACUUGAGCGUAGAUCGGAAGGACACAGGCGAAGAAACAAGCGCGUGUAACAAUGUAACAAAUAACAAACUAGGUAACAAGCAAAUCAUAUAUAAUGAGACAUUCAAAUGAGGAAAGGAGCGAGACGGUAACAGUAAAAACCAAGCACACACGCAAUACACAAUUGUGACAAAGGAAAGGAGAAAGUGAAAGUGCCUGAAACAGAAACAUACCGAGAGAAGAGUAACCGACACACACACACACAAACGACGUAUGAACGACGUUAAGAAAUGAUGUGUUUCUACAGAUUCCUACUCCAACACAAACACACUCACACGCGCGCGCGCUCAUAUUCGUUUUGCGUUUUUCUUCCAUUCACCAACAAUCGUUUAAUGAUCUUCUGCGGUGGAUCCGGAAAAUACAAACAAAUUUACAGCUUUUCAGCUUCAAAUCCCCCCUCCCAGUUUAUGUUAUCAACAUUGGAAAGAGAGAGAGAGAGAGAGAGAGAGAUGAACAAACAAACGUGUAGAAACACCAUUUCACUUGAAGCACUUAUGAAAGCAGACAAGAGAUAGAGAGAGAGAGAGACACGACACAAUUCGAGGCAAAGUAUUAUAAUUACAUGUAAUAUAAAAAAGGUGUAACAGAAAGCAAAUGCACACGUAGACGUAAAACAAAAACAAAUCAAAUCAAAGGACAUCAAGGGCCUAUGUGUUUGUGUGUGCAGGUUAUGUUUAGCAUUUGCGUUUACCGAACCAACCACGUUGUGUGUAAUAAUCUUUCGUUAUGAUUAACACGAAGUGCGAAGAAAUGAUAAAUUUGCAUUUGUCCGUAGGGUUAGUUGUGUGUUAGUAUGUGUGUAUGUGCGUGUGUAUGCAUUUUGUUCGAACAAAUGUAUUCGAUUCCGGCUCGUUGUGGCGAACGUGUUAGGUUUAAUUUAAGCUUUUCUUCUAAACUCGCCCAGCAGCACGCUCGUUUCUCCUCUAAGCGAUCGUUUUGCCUACAAUCAUGUACAGUAAAACACUAUUCUGGGUAGAUAAUGUACCACCACAACACUCACUGAGUAGGCGUCGUACGACUAAGCAUCGACUGAGCCUGUUCGGUUGGGCGUGUGUGUGGUUGUGGCGUACAGCAGUUCUUCACCCACUACACCGACGGUCGUCACUUACUUUCAGAAACGAUAAUGUAACUUUAUUAUACUGAAUUAUGUUGCGUGUGUGUGCGUGCAUGUGUGUGAGUGUGCGAGAAGUAAGUCUUUUCUGUUUUGUGAGUUUCGAAUUGCUCGACAAUAAAUGAAGCCCCAGCAAUUGGGGGGAGGGAGGACGACAGAUUGGUAAAGAAGGAUUAUCGUUACUGCAAUAUGAGGAGGAAGUAGAUCCACCCCCCGUCGCUGCUGCACACGGUGACGGUGGGGCGCAAUAGUUAAAAAAAACAGAGAAGGGGGCUAUAUUUUUAUCUACUUUUAUCCGCUUUUUCACCCACUGUAUGAUAUAUAGUAUGCUUACUUUUUUCUCCUCUCACUAUCACUCUCUCUCUCUCUCUCUUUCUCCAAACAUUGUAAUGCAAAUAAGUUAAUGCGCACAGGGCACCAUAAGGGCAGAGAAUGUAGCUAACAUAAAAGGGUUACACGUAGAGUGAAAAGUUUGUAUUAUACAGCGUACAGCAGUGUGGCACACGGGGAAGGAAGGGAAUCACACAUUAGGAAGAGUUGAUAUAAGUAUAAAACUCACAAGAACGAGCCAGCUUAGAGGGUGGUGAUGGGUGGUACACACGCUAAACUCAAGCGGACAAAAGUCAAAAGGGUAGAACAAACCCCCAAAUGUCUCAUACAUAAUGAGAGGGGCAUGCAUAUUAUUACAUUGCACAUGUUGUAUUUUUUUCCUAGUCUUUUGAUGUGUGUACCACCACACACAGUGGUUUUGUGUGUGUUUGUUUCAUCAUCAUUGCAUUUCACAAGCUGGUCAACAACAAAACACCAUUCGGCGACAUGCGUAGGAUUGCAAUCACUUAAAUUCUCCAACACUCACCAUCAUCAACUGACUACGGGAAGUGCUGAGCGCGUUGCUACAAAAUAGUAUAAAAAACAUAGCGCAGGUGUAGCAAUCGAGAAAUAUUUAUUCUCCCCCUUGUUCCGCUUUCCUUUCAUCGAAAAGUGUAUAAUCCUCGUUCAACGCAAAAUGCAUACAUAGAAAAGGAAGCAUAUUAAAGGAUGGUUAGUAAUGGAAAUGGAUGACAGAAGAACCAGGGGGCAUCGUUUCGUUAAGAACGUAUUGAGAAUAGAAACAGAAUUUGCAAAAGAAGAAAGGUGAGAGAAAACAAACAAAGAUUACUGACCCACAAAACAAAACAAAACACAACACACAACUGUUCAGUUAUGAAAGAUGAAAUAACUAAAGCAUAUAUAAAUAUAUACAUAGUGAGCAGCAUAAAACAUGGAAACUUUGUCAGGUAGCUAGGCCGCUGGUGUAGUUAGUGGUAGACGAGAAAAAAAAAACAAACAAACACCUAUACCUAGAGGCAAAAAUCAGGUAGUGUGUGUGUAGUACACAACAAAAACGCGACAGUGCUUACAGGAAAGACGCACGCCACACAGCAAUGAUGCGUUAAAAGGGGUGUUGUUGUUGUCUUGUUUAAAAUAAUAUAAAAACACACAUACACACUCACAGGCGAGAUGCAAAACGUGUCUAAAAUACACGAUAGCGCACGAUGAUAACACUCAUGUAAAAUUAUGUAAAAUGAAGUAAAGAAUGGAGGGGGCGGGGGGGUGAGGGUGACAGCGCAGGAAAAAAAAUCAUAGAAUAAAGCGCGAAUGAAGGCGAAUGAGUGUGAAUGGAAUGAAAGCAGCGCGGGCGGGAAGAAGCAAGAAUUACAACAAAAAAGCUAUAUAAUAGAAGUGAAUGAUCGAAGAUAAAAAUAAAGAAAACAUUUUAUACGA